AUGGAAAAAAUACUUCUACUCAUCUUCCUCUCAUUUUGCAUCACUUCAGUGCAUUUGACCACUAUAAAUACUGAAUCGGGAUUAGCAUUUGAAGUUGCCGCAGCUGAAGCGGAAGAUGAUAGAGUAAAUAUUACGGAAAGUGAUGAGGAAACGAUAAAUGGUACUACUAUUGCUAAUACUACUAGUAGUAUUACUAAUUCCACUAAUAUUAUUAAUACAACUGCUACUAUUACUGCUUCUAUUACUACCACUGCUAAUAGUAGUAGUACUACAACUGGUGGUACUACUGCACAUCCGCAUCAUUUUCAUGCAAUUGAUGAAAUUCAUGGAAUCGAUGAAAUUCAUGGAACUACUGAUGGAACGCUGCAAAGUCAUGGAGUCGAUGAGAUUCAUAGAACCACCGAUGAAACGCUGAAAAGUCAUGGAACGGAUGAAAUUCAUAAAACCGAUGAAACGUUGAAAAGUCAUGGGAAAACUGAAUCAAAAUUACUGAAAUUACGAUCGACUGUUUCACCAUAUGACCAAAAGUAUCACAGUGAUAAUAAUAGUAAUACUGAGGAUCGUCAUCCUAAAGAUGUUAAGCUACAAAAGAAUAACAAACAUGAUGUUGUUGAUGAGCAUCAUCCAGCUACAAAUAACCCAUAA